GACAGUCGUAGCUACACGUACGCUUACGGACCCGGUGGACUUGCUGGUUUGCUGCGCAGCUCCUUCGCGUUACGAGCCGCGGUCUUCGCUUCACUUGGCGGCUUGUUGUUUGGAUAUGACCAGGGUGUAAUAGCAAAUAUACUAGUAAUGAAGGAUUUCCUCGACCGCUGGCCUGUCGGACCUUGGGAGAAAGGGCUUAUGACCGCUAUGCUUGAGCUAGGAUCCCUGCUUGGUGCCCUCUCGGCAGGGCUCUUUGCAGACCACUUCUCCCGUCGACAAGCCAUCGUAACAGCAUGCCUCGUAUUUUGCAUAGGAUCUACGCUACAAUUUGCAGCCCAGGCACUACCACAUCUAAUCAUUGGGCGUGCUAUUGGUGGUCUUGGUGUCGGGGCUCUGAGCACACUUACUCCUUUGUACAUGGCAGAAAUCAGCCAGCCGGAAGUCAGAGGCUCUUUAAUGGCUCUUGAACAGCUCUCCAUUGUAGUGGGAGCCGUUGUCGGUUUCUGGACUGGUUUCCUGACCCGCAGCAUUCAUUCAUCAUGGUCGUGGCGUCUCCCGCUCUUGAUCCAGCUAUUCCCUGCUAUUGUACUCCUCGCCGGAGCCAUGCUCAAGCGAAUCUUACCACCCUCGCCGCGGCUGCUGGUUGCGCAAGAGCGAUACGACGAGGCUGCGGCUGUACUGAGGAUGCUCCGUGGCGACGAGGACAUUCUCGUCCAGCUAGAGCUGCUCGAAAUGCGCACCGAAGUCCUCAUGACGGCACGCGCUACGUCCCUCUCACCGAAACAACGCGGGUUCUUCUCGACUGUCCGCUCCGAGCUGCAAACCUGGAGUUGUUUGUUCAGCGAGACGUAUAGAAAGCGCACAUCGAUAGGCGUGAUGAUGAUGGUGUUUCAACAAUGGUCGGGCAUCAACGCACUCCUCUACUAUGGGCCCACAUUACUGCUGGCUGUUGGGCUCAAGGGUGACACGGUGACGCUACUAGUCGCCGGCGGUGUUGGCAUAGUCCAGGCCUUGGCGGUCUUCCCUGUCAUCCUUUUAAUCGACAGGCUGGGUCGAAGGCCGCUGCUGCGAUGGGGCAGCAUCGUGAUGGCGCUUUCGCACGUCAUGAUCGCUCUUCUGAUUAGUACGUAUGCGGACAACUGGUCAGCUAACAUUAGCGCCGCCUGGAUCGCAGUAGGCUGCGUAUACGUCUACACUGCUGCGUAUGGCAUGUCGUACGGCCCCAUCGGCUGGAUACUCCCAAGUGAAGUGUUCCCGCUCUCGAUGCGCAGCAAAGGCGUGUCACUGUCUACGGCAUCGAAUUGGCUGAACAAUUUCCUGAUUGGGUUGGUAACGCCAGAGCUGAUGGAAGUUUCUCCCAAAGGCACCUUCAUGGUCUUCGCCAUCGCUUGCUUCAUGGGUUACCUCUGGUCGACGUAUGUCGUGCCCGAAACGGGAAACGUCUCGUUGGAGGAGAUGGACGCUGUAUUCGGGUCGAAUGCGGGCGCCGAUGACGUGCAGCUAAAGCAUGAGGUCAGUUACACAACUAAGCGCAUUAAUGUGUUCUACUUAUUGACGAAUGGGACUGCAGAUUGA